AUGCUGUCCUCUUUUAUGAUGCAGAAUAUCCCUUGCCAAUUUUCUAUGGCACAUCUUCCUAGCUGCAAAUUAAAGUUAGUCCUUCAAAAUUUGAAUGGAGAAUCCUGGACAGUGAAUUCGGUUCCUGCUACAAGAGUGCAUACAAGUCAUACUCUCUGUGGAGGAUGGAUGGCCUUUGUGCGUGGGAAUGGCAUCAACAUGGGAGAUGUAUGUGUUUUUGAACUUGUCCGAGAUUGUGAAUUGCGUGUUCACAUCUUUAGAGUUGGAAAGGAAAUAUCUGAGGAUCAAACUGGAAAAGGAGCUUUGAGUAGGCUAGGUGCUGGUCAUGCAGUAAUUCCCCGUAAAGCUCUGAAAAGUUUGCCAAAGAAAAUGAAUGGAAACUCCCAAAAGGUUCAUUCAAAACGCUCCAAAAGGAUUGAAAUAUCUGAUAAAAAAAGUUCAAAGUCUUGGCAAGAUUCCUUCUGCAAUGAUGCUAGGAAACAUUCUAGUGCAAAAAAGGUCUCCACUAAAGUCAUGGUUUGUUCUCAAUCAAAUAAGGCUUCUAAAGUUUUGGUCAAUCAAAGAACGAGUGUCAAAGGCGAUCUAGUAUUACCAGCUAGACAUGGUUUGCGAGCAAUGUUAGCACUUGAUGAAGAAAGGGCAGCUAAAUCAUUUGUUUCUUGUUUUCCAACUUUUGUCAGAAUCAUGAAAAAGUUCAACAUAAGUGGUUCAUAUACUUUGAAAAUUCCACAUCGGUUUUCUUCAGCACAUUUCCCUAACAGCAAAACGGAGAUUUUACUUCGUGGUCCAAAUGGGGGAUGUUGGAUUGUGAACUCAGUACCAGACUCCAUGGGGCGAAUGAUGCAUACUUUUUGUGGUGGUUGGAUGUCGUUUGUUCGUGACAACGGUAUCCAGAUAGGGGAUAUCUGCAUUUUCGAACUUGUCCACAAGUGUGAACUGCUUGUACAUGUGACCGGAGUCGGGAAGAAAGGGUUUGACCUCAGUAGUGAAGUCGCAACUUGUGAAUUAGCCAUUGUACCAACGACAAGCAAUCAUCCUUCUAUGUAAGGUUGGUACUCUUGCUCAUUUCUUCUCAAUGAAAAAAUUAUUUGGCCAUAUUAGAAAUUGCUAGAUUUGCUCUUGCUAUUAUAUUAGGUCAUCGGUCAUCUUUUUUCCCCCUAAAUUCUCAUUGUGGCUGAGGGCUCCGGAUAAUAGCCCCACUCAGACCGAGCGUUUGUAAACUCUAAUGUUUUGCAGAAUUAUAGGCCCCAAGGCUGGGCUGUCGUUGAAUCAAUGGCAAUGCAUUACUGGUUCAGGAUUUCCCCCAA